AUACCUAAAGCUCUGUUUAAUUUGAAUUUAACAGUCAUCACCAUGUCUCGGCAGUUUCACUUUUUUCAACAUAUUAACUUCAUGGCAUACAUUCCUACCUGGUGAUAGGUCGAUUAAAUUAAAAUAAUACUAUACCGGAAGAAUUUUUAAUAGCCAAUUCCUCCCGAGAAGGCCAAUAUGCCUCCCAAAAGGAAGUCUAAGGCCGGCGGUUUAGCAGAGGUGUCAACGCCAAAAGCGUCGUCGACUCCCGCGCGCGAUGACGAUGCCAUGGAUGUCGACACGCCGCAAGCUGCAGAUACCCCUCGAGCCGCCGAUACUCCUACAGCUUCCAAGCCUAAUUUACCUCCGCCAUCUGAGAUCCUCAACAACCUCUGGACCGACGAUCAGGAAUCUUCCCUAUUUAAAGCAGUUAUUCGCUGGAAACCGUCGGGGAUUCAUAAACACUUUCGCAUGAUUUCUAUUUCGGAACAUCUCCGCAACCAUGGGUUCGAUCCGGACGUCGAGACGCACACGCGCAUACCAUGUAUAUGGGACAAACUACGGCUUUUCUACAAUAUGGAUGCCAUAGACGAGCGCGAUAACGCCUUCGACUACGUUAAGGGCGAAACCGAAGGCCAAGAUGAGGAGCCUCCUGAGCAGAAGUACAAUUAUUUCGACCUACCUGCGGACGACUUUCAUGAUCUCAUGUGGGCCCGCGCGGCGGCCGGACCUGGUGAAGAAUCGGCCCCGUCAGAUGCAGAAGCGGAAAGUCACGAAAAGCACACGGUUCCUGGUAGGAAGCGCAAGCGUGGCAGCACUAGAGGAGGCCACGACGCCACGGCCGAUGCGGCGAGCGUCGCUGGUAGUACCACGACGAAGACGCGAAGGUCUAGUACCAUCGACGACACCGAUCAGGAGACUCCGUUUCCCAGUAGUCCUGCGGGUCGGCCAACUGCAAGAGGUGCUAGGAGCCAGAAACGAGCUGCCGCGAAGGCGAAGGCAGAGAGCGUAGAGCCAGACGUCGAAGAAGAACCCGAGGAAGACGACGAGGAAGCUGAAGACAACGAGAGCGAAGAAGAGGGAGACGAAGAGGAAAGUGAGAAGGAAGAAGCCGAUGCUGCCCCAACUACUAGAUCCAGUAGAGGGAGCACCGUUACCAGGGGUCGGGCAGCCCGUGGGCGAGGUCGAGGGAAGCCAGGCCGAAAGAAGGGUUGAGAAACCAUUGACCACUUUUUUCGCAAUAAUAAGCGAGCACAAAGCAGCCGGCUUUAAUGUUCGGAUCAUAGAAGCGGACGCGGCGAUAGGAGCCAUCGAGAAGGCGAAGGCCUGAUUCAAAUAUGCCUUUGUUGCAAUAGGGCCAAGAGUGCGGUAGAGUGCGGCCCUUAGUCACGGGGCUGCUACUCGUGUUUGUCAAUGUUUUUGCUGUUGAAGCCAAGAUAUGCCAUGGCUAUCGAGCGGAUCAUGCGGACUAUCAACAAACAAGUAGAAGGAAAAUCCUACAGGCCUAAGGAAGGGAGAUUCCUAGAUAGCAUGGAAAUGACCGCAUCCGACUUUCCAAUGGGCAUGUCCCUAGGUCUAGACAUGGGCUCUGAUCGGAUUAAGUGUGCGUAUAGUCUAGGAACGUAUUGAACUACGGCUAUGUAUGGUAUCCUGCUUGUUUAGACCAUCAGCCCUAGACUCUUAACAAGAAUAAUAAUAAUAAAUGAAGCUAUUCUUAAA